AUGGUCUGGAAAGAAUUAAUAUUUACAUUACAGAUAUUCAAUGACCCUAUUCAUGGCCACAUUGAAAUUCAUCCCUUGUGUGUGAAAAUUAUCGACACUCCUCAAUUCCAAAGACUUAGGUCCAUUAAACAACUUGGAGGAACCUAUUUCGUCUAUCCUGCUGCAAGUCACAGUCGAUUUGAACAUUCUAUAGGCGUUUGCCAUUUAGCUGGACAGCUCGUCUCCGCCUUGAGAGUAGGACAACCAGAAUUGAACAUCACUGACGAUGAUGUUUUGUGUGUACAGAUUGCUGGACUGUGUCACGACUUGGGACAUGGACCAUUUUCUCACAUGUUUGAUCGCAGAUUCUUACCAAGUCUCGGCAACGGAACAAAGCAUGAAUCUCUGUCUGUAAAAAUGUUUGAUCACUUAGUAGAAGAAAAUAAAUUGGACACAGAAUUUAGCGUUAAUUUUAAAGAAGACCUGGACAGGAACAAAAAAUUCAUUACGGAACUAAUUGAAGGCCUCACAAAGGAUGAUACUCAGGGCUGGCCUUACAAAGGAAGGGAUCAAGAAAAAAGAUUUCUUUAUGAGAUUGUUGCAAACAAGAGAAAUGGAAUUGAUGUGGAUAAAUGGGACUACUUUGCUCGGGAUUGCCAUAUGCUUGGGAUCAAGAACAGCUUUGAUCAUACUCGAUGCAUGAAAUUUGCCAGAGUGGUGGAGGUUGACGGUGAAAAGCAAAUAUGCUUUAGAGAUAAGGAAAUAGAGAAUCUGUAUGAGAUGUUUCAUACUCGGGACAUGUUACACAGACGAGCAUACCAGCACAGUGUUGGAAACAUCAUAGAAAUAAUGAUAUCUGAGGCAAUGGAAAAAGCCAAUAAACACAUUUUGACUCCUGGGAAAGAGGGAAAGAUGUUAGGAAUAUCUGAGACUUUAGACGACAUGGCGGCCUAUGAAAAACUGACAGAUUCCAUCGUUGAUCGAAUAAUCUGUUCAACGGAUGACAAUCUGAAGGAGUCAAGGGAUAUAUUAAAGAAAGUUAAGGAAAGAAAGCUGUACAAGUGUGUCGGACACAUCCGUAAAGAGAUUGAUAAAACAACACUCAAAGAAGAAUAUUGUUUGAAACUGAAGAAAAUAGGAAGUGGUUUACACGAGAACGAUAUUGUCAUUGAUGUUGUAAAUUUGAAUUACGGCAUGAAAGACAAAAACCCAAUCGAUUUUGUCCGCUUUUACACAAAAGAAAAUCCUAAUGUGGCAAUUGAAGUUAAAAAGGAUGAGGUAUCUGAUCUGCUACCCGAAAAGUUUGCGGAACAACGAAUUCGAUUUUUUUGUAAAAGGGAUGACAAGAAAAGCCUAAAAGAGGCCGAACAGGCCCUAACAGACUGGUGCAACGAAAAGAAUUGCACUGCGGUCAUUGGUAGUCAGAUAAUUGCGACGACCCCUGUCAAAAAAAACCAAGCCGGCGGUACAUCUACUAAUUAAUGAACACCAAAUCGAAGAUCAAGCCAAUGGGAUUCAUACUUUGCUAGUAUGGACUCGAACGUGAAAUUAGUGAAUCGCUCACUUUGUAAACACAAUCACUCGUUGGAAAUUGCGUGUAUGCCAAAAGUAAUGAUCUUUGUAAGUUGUAAACUAAUAACUAAUGCUGUUGGUAUUUUACUAUAUUACUCGGAGGCAUUCUUGUUUGUUUUAUUCAUUUAUUUCAUUUCAUGUUGCCACUGAAUAGCAAUACCAAUCUUGUCAUUUUUUAAACGUAAUGUGUAAUGUUGUCGAUUCUUGUAUCUUAUAAGUGCGGAUGUCCACAUAUCUUCCAAUGAAAGUGAUUGCAUAAAACCAUAGCCAUGAUCAAAAAUUCAACUCUAAAAUUUGAACUGAUGUUUUACAUUUUCCUUAUCAAAUUACCCUAUUCAUAUAAAGUAACGGGUGGAUCAGUUAACAAAAUAAUGAAAGAUUAGUUCCUGCUGGCUGUUGAAGGUUUUGUUCUAAAGUGGCUCUAAACAGUAUAUUUAACAAAAGGAUUAUCAAAUCGUAGUCUCUCUCUAACCAAUACGGAAUACUUUGUAUGAUAUUUCGUGUUGCUUCUACAUGCUUAAAUUGAAGCGUGCAUGUUUGUGUACUAAAAUAUAAUGCAUUAGGCAAAAUAAGUUGUUCACCCUAUUACUGGCAUUACUGACCUGAUAAGACCUCUUCAAAUAUUUCUUUUACAAUGUGCCUACUUUGAUUUCUUUUUAUCAAAUAUCGACGGGAAUGAAAUUGACGACACACACUGUGGUUUACAGAUCCCUUAAGCUGAGAGCUCUACAAAGAUUUUUAAAUCAAUGUUUGUAUGACGUCAAUCUAACUGUACGUCCUCUCGUCCGCAAACGUUUUACAGUUGUGUUACGUUUUUUUUCUUCAAGACCAUUUAGAUAUCUUUAUUCAACUUGGCUCAAAGCACCCUUUUGUAAAGGUGAUUUAAGUUUGUCAAAAUGAAAUGCCCAGACCUCUUUAAAGUAUAUAUAUUUUGCAUUCAUUAAAAUUUUGUUUGUUUGUAUUUAAAAAAAAACAAAUAUUAUUCAAAUCAAUUUUGCAAAAAAAAAAACAAAAAAAAAAAACCAUAACUGAAACUUGUCCGGAAGCAUCAUCACAGAGUGUAAAUGCUAGUUUUAUAAAAUCAUGAUACGUCGAGUAAGAUCUGGCCAGGUUUGAAUUUCUAACAUUAACAACAUUAUUGAAUAUAACCAUAUAACUAGGUUUACCCUCCUGUAAUCUGAUUUAUGGUAAUAAUGUAUUUUUCGCUCUAUUAGCACUAAAAGGUACCACUAAACUGGAAACUAAUAUGUUGUGAUAUACUUUAGAGACCAUAACAUAUGUUCUUAAUCUAGAUCUUAUUAAAAUUUUAUUGUAGACGUAUGUGAGAUAUUCUAAGGACAUGUAUUUUGAAAGAAAUUUAUAGUCUUGGAUUUAUCCCUGGUGACUGCCUAAUUUUUCUGUAGAUGUUAAAAAUUCACAAUGUAUAAUAUAUAUUUAAGUUCCUUUGAAUAAAAAUGAA